GAUUGAUAUUUGUAAGCGAGAGGGCGGUGUGAGUGCAGAUUUCAGACCGGUUUCUAACCGAUACCGAGGAGGACGCCGGGGUAGUGAACUCCGCAUAUCUGUCUGAUAAAAAAGAACGCUGGAUUGGCACGUUCACCAACCGGGACGACGAACUGAACCUUUGACCUGACACAAGCGAGAUAACUCCAAAGGACGGAAGCGGUGACGUUUUGUACAACUUUGAGCUGUCACUUGCGGUAAGGCAAGUCAGAGGAGAAGACUUCCAGCCGAGGGGGAACCCCAAGCGGCCCGGUUCCACAUCAGCGACCGAACCCGGGGAACGGGGAGCCGCGAAGCAGGGGGAGCGGCGUGUCGGCCAGCGGAUCUACAGUCACGUUUUAACCAGCGCAGGGAGAAGUAAUCACAGGGUGCCGGGUCAUCCGGACAGAGACCUCAUGAAUGGAAAUCGGAACAACAGGAGCCGCUGGAGCCCAAGCCCUUUUUACGUUGCCACGGCGACCCGGCUAUGGCACCAUCGGGAAGCCCAUUAAGCUUCUGGCCAACUGCUUCCAGGUGGAAAUACCCAAAAUCGACGUCUAUCUGUAUGAGGUGGACAUCAAGCCUGAUAAAUGUCCUCGCCGGGUCAACAGGGAGGUGGUGGACUCUAUGGUACAGCACUUCAAGGUGACCAUCUUUGGUGACUGUCUGCCAGUUUAUGAUGGGAAGAAAAGCCUCUACACCGCUAAUCCGCUUCCUGUCGCCUCUGGCGGGGUCGAUCUGGAUGUCACCCUGCCGGGUGACGGUGGGAAGGAUCGCCCUUUUAAAGUCACCAUCAGGUUUGUGUCAUUGGUAAGCUGGCACAUGCUGCACGAAGUCUUGACGGGACGCACUGCGUCCGAGCCAGCAGACCUGGAGAAACCGAUCAGCACCAACCCCGUUCAUGCCGUGGACGUUGUCCUUCGACACCUGCCCUCCAUGAAGUACACUCCCGUUGGACGAUCCUUCUUCUCCUCCCCAGAUGGCUACGACCACCCGCUAGGUGGAGGGAGAGAAGUUUGGUUUGGCUUUCAUCAGUCAGUACGACCAGCCAUGUGGAAAAUGAUGCUCAACAUUGACGUGUCAGCCACAGCAUUUUAUAAAGCCCAGCCAGUGAUCCAGUUCAUGUGUGAGGUCCUGGACAUUCACAACAUUGACGAGCAGCCGCGCCCUCUGGCUGACUCCCACAGGGUCAAGUUCACCAAAGAGAUCAAAGGUGUGUCACCAAGGAAAGGCGGUCUUAAAGUAGAAGUGACACACUGUGGAACCAUGCGUAGGAAGUACAGAGUCUGCAAUGUAACACGGCGCCCUGCCAGCCUCCAGACGUUUCCGUUGCAGCUUGAGAACGGUCAGACAGUUGAACGAACAGUGGCGCAGUACUUCAGAGAAAAGUACAACCUACAGUUGAAGUACCCCCACUUGCCUUGUCUGCAGGUGGGCCAGGAGCAAAAACACACGUACUUGCCCCUGGAGGUGUGCAACAUUGUGGCUGGACAGCGCUGCAUUAAAAAACUGACUGAUAACCAGACGUCCACCAUGAUCAAAGCAACAGCCCGUUCUGCACCAGACAGACAGGAGGAGAUCAGCAGGCUCGUGAGGAGUGCAAAUUACGAGGCCGACCCGUUCGUCCAGGAGUUUCAGUUCCGCGUGCGAGACGAGAUGGCACAGGUGACGGGCCGCGUCCUGCCGGCCCCCAUGCUGCAGUAUGGCGGCAGGGUGAGCUCUGAACAAUUUAUGCCCCAGCAGAUCAACCCUGCACUGUCGUUGCAGAACCGCACGGUGGCCACGCCCAGCCACGGGGUGUGGGACAUGAGGGGGAAGCAGUUUCACACUGGAGUGGAGAUUAAGAUGUGGGCCAUCGCCUGCUUUGCCACCCAGAGGCAGUGCAGAGAAGAGAUCCUCAAGAGCUUCACUGACCAGCUGCGUAAAAUCUCGAAGGAUGCUGGGAUGCCAAUCCAAGGCCAGCCAUGUUUCUGUAAAUACGCACAGGGAGCUGACAGCGUCGAGCCCAUGUUCAGACACCUGAAGAACACCUACGGUGGGCUGCAGCUCAUCAUCGUCAUCCUGCCUGGGAAGACACCCGUCUAUGCUGAGGUGAAGCGGGUGGGCGACACCCUUCUCGGCAUGGCGACUCAGUGUGUGCAGGUGAAGAACGUGGUGAAGACGUCCCCUCAGACCCUCUCUAACCUCUGCCUCAAGAUCAACGUCAAACUGGGAGGGAUCAACAACAUCUUGGUUCCACACCAACGACCCUCUGUGUUCCAGCAGCCAGUCAUCUUCCUCGGGGCUGAUGUCACUCAUCCUCCAGCAGGAGACGGGAAAAAGCCAUCUAUUGCCGCAGUGGUGGGCAGCAUGGACGCCCACCCCAGCAGGUACUGUGCUACAGUGCGGGUCCAGAGGCCCAGACAGGAGGUCAUCCAGGACUUAGCCUCCAUGGUGCGAGAGCUCUUGAUCCAGUUCUACAAAUCAACCCGCUACAAGCCAACCAGGAUCAUCUUCUACAGAGACGGAGUGUCAGAGGGACAGUUCAGACAGGUGUUGUACUAUGAGCUGUUGGCCAUCAGGGAGGCUUGCAUCAGUCUAGAGAAAGAUUACCAGCCGGGGAUUACUUACAUUGUCGUACAGAAACGGCAUCACACGCGUCUCUUUUGUGCAGAUCGCAACGAGCGGGUUGGACGCAGUGGAAACAUUCCUGCCGGCACCACAGUGGACACAGACAUCACCCACCCCUACGAGUUUGACUUUUACCUCUGCAGUCAUGCUGGAAUCCAGGGUACGAGCCGACCUUCCCACUACCACGUUCUCUGGGAUGACAACUGCUUCAGCGGCGAUGAGUUCCAGCUCCUCACUUACCAGCUGUGCCACACCUACGUCCGCUGCACACGCUCCGUCUCCAUCCCAGCGCCGGCUUACUACGCCCACCUGGUGGCCUUCCGUGCCCGCUACCACCUUGUUGACAAAGAGCACGACAGCGCGGAGGGCAGCCACGUCUCAGGGCAGAGCAACGGCAGGGACCCCCAGGCGCUGGCCAAGGCCGUUCAGAUCCACCACGACACACUGAGGACCAUGUACUUCGCCUGAACACCCCUCCUCCUCCUCCACUACCGCCACCCCCCCACUGCCCUCCAUCUUUCCCAGCCACUUAGCCAGUCUUAGUGUCCAGCUUCCAUCAGCCGCCUCCUGUCGUCGUGAAGAUCGACACCCCCACCCACACAGGCUGGUGCUGCUUUGGUCACUGGACCUCAAUGCCGAUGGCUGCGGGCUGCGUGAGGAUGUAACAAGCCAGAGAGGAGUUACAGCCACAUUAUGCAAAUUGAAACCAGCCAAUCGUUUCUGUGCUCCCGAUCAUGCAUCUCUUUCUCACCUACAAUCCUGUCUGCUGUAUUUAAAUCGCAGUGGAUUCUGACUCCUUUUAAAACUCGCAAGUCACAUCCUCGCCUUCCAGUUUUUGACAGCAGCUCAAAGUGUUCAUUUGCUGUUUGUUUUUUUUUUUUCUUUCUUUUGUGUCUUUUAAAGGACGGCGGAGCAGCAGGGAAUACAAAAACUGAUGUUUUUUUGGUGAACGGGUGGGCGUGAAGCAUAACCAUUGAGGACCUGACUUGCUCCGCAGCCUCAUGAUGAGCCUAAUGUUGCUGGUUUAUAUUGUAGAUUUUUAGAUGUUUGUUUGUUUUGUGGGUUUUAAGCUUGUCUAGAUAACAAAGCUGUAUGUGUUUUUUGUCAGUCGAGCAAAUGCGCAAUUGCCAUGGCAACACGUUAACUGAGUACGCUCGUUUGCGGCAGGCUGCCUUAGCAGUUACUCCUCUGUCUCCCUUUAAACCAAUGGUUCCUCACAGUCAUUCUGCCAGACAGUAAGAAGCGUAACUCAUCAACCACUGAAUGAAACAUUAUUUUGUAAACAAAGCCACAUAGAGCCAUCGAUGAGGUAUUGUGUAUCGCUUGAUGCCUUACUGUAAGGCGGGAUGCAUAAAGAGGACUGGUAGAAUAUGAUGCCAUGGCCACAAAAUGGACAGUUUUAAUUUUUAACUUCUCUCACUUAUAGUUCAGCUUGGUACAAAGUGUUAUACCAAACAUUUCUUGUGUGUUUUUUAUUCCUCUUGCUAUUUAUGGGUUUUUCCUUUCUUUUCAACCUAAAUUAACAUUUGUUUUCAGCAACAGAGCAGACAGUGUAUAUCUUCUGAUGAUCACAAACCUUUUGACUUCUCCCACUUUUUACAUGAGGAACUGACCGAUUCAGUCGUCAAGAACUCUUUCAGUGCAAUAAGGUGUUAACGCAGAGCGAGCAGGUUCAGCGGUGAAUGUUUUCAAAGAGUAUUGGUGUGCUACAGUUGUUUACGAGGGAGUUUCGGCAAGUGACAAUGAGCGUGGAUUCGGGAAUGUACAGUAUUUUGACAUUCUUAUGAACAAGUGGGACUGAUGGCGUAGGUGUGAGGAUCAGUCGUGAGGUCUGAUGGCGUUUGGAGAGAUCAAACGAAGUGCCUGAUUAGGUUAGUUGAUGAAAUGUUGGUCAGACGGAAGGUUUUUAGUCGUAUGUUGGUUUGGGUGACUCUCUUAAUGACUUUAGUGAAACCCAGCAAACUGUAAAAACACUGCACUUGUCCUGGCACACGGGGCUGGACUAUAGCUGAGCUCAAAGCAUGAAAGUUUGUGUAAUUAUUCCUAAUGUUGCGCGUCCUCGUGAUCAGGAAAUAAUGGCUUCCAUAUCGACUUUCCUCGUGCUGACAAAGACAUUCUGUUGUCAGAGUUAGUCGUCACAAAAUGAACAAAGCUUACGUUGGUUACGAUGAAAAACAGCAAACUGUUUUCUACCAUAAUUAGAAAAUAAUCCUUCAGUGAUGUUAAGACAGUUGUUGUGUCCCAGCCCUGAAACUACAAUCACAAUAAAAGCCCAUUUUAUAAUCUAAAUAUACACUCAUUGGCCAUUUUAUUAGGUACGCCUGGACAUUUGUCUAAGAAGUCAAUCCAGCUCUUUUGCCAUAAAGUCUAUGUUUAUGAUGCCUGCAAGGUUCAGUAGUUGUUGACGCUGUCAUAGAGCACUGAGACUGAGCUUAUUGGUGCUGUUGUACUGUACAAGAAAUUAGAAACGCCUCAAUGCAACGUAGUCCAGUAGAAGCACCACGCUUAACUGUGACCUCGGUAAUAAAACAUAAUUAAAUGUACACAUUUAUGGCCUUCCGUGGACAAUGUUGUCCGUGGACAAUGUCCACAAAAUAAUAAACAUAUAGCUUUAAAGAGAGUUGUUACAGCCGGGCUGUAUUGCACUGUUGGAUUGUAUACAUGUACCUAAUAAACUGACCACUGAGUGUCAUUUUCUGCACUUCAGCGGAUCUUUUUGUAGAUGUGAAUUUCUGAGCAGGCGUUAACAACCGGCCAGGUGAAGUCGGACACUUUCUGCUUGGAAAUGUGUCCCCAUGUGGUGCAUUUAAGGUCCUGUUGGUCAGAUUCACGUUUCAGAGUGAACGUUUCAGUAUGUCAUUCAGCAACAGGAACAAGAUUAUCUUCUGCUCCAUUUGGACUCAAUGGUGGCUUAUUGAUCUCAGAUUAUAACCAAAUAAUUAUCAAGUUAUCGAUUAUCUGUUUUCUGCCCUUGAUGGUUUUGCAGUAUAGUUUAAAUAGAGAUGAACCCUUCAGGUUUCAUCACUUGGACCAAACCAACGUGCCUGGUCGCGGUGAGGGUGUAGGACUUGGAGAGUCAUGGGGGAUGGGGGGUGGAGGGUGGAGGUUAGCUCUCUGCUCUCGCAGCCUUACAGCGUCGUGCUGAUGGGCUCUGUACUGCUAACUGUGCUAGCCACAAGUCACCAGAACCAAACCUAAGCUGCUAUAUUAAAAAAAAAAACAAAACACAUUUAUUUAAUAUUUUGCCAGAUACACACAGACUAUAUAUUGAUAUGGAAAGACAAAGAGGACAUGGUAUUUUACUGCACUUAAAGAGAUGCAUGUGUUUAAGGCUGAACAGAGUCAGGAUGCUCAGAUGUUUUUGUGCUUGGUGUAGACAUUGCAGUCAAAUCAUUUGAACAUGAGAACAGAUGGUCCCCCUCUGUGUUUGUUGUCGUGUCGGAGCUGUUUCUUAAUGUCAGACAUUACCAGCAUUUGAUUUUACUUGAAGAAAAUUAGUCAUGGGUAUGUUUAACAUUGUUAAGUAGUGCUCUGCUUGUUGUUGAACGUCUAUAUAUAGUUAUAUGUAUAUCUAUAUACAGAUAAUAGAUAUAUAUAGAGAGAGAGCAUUAUUACAGGAAUCCCUUUUUCCGCUCAUAACGCCACGUACAGUAGAUGGACCUAUGGAGCCUGUAGGCAGUCCUACAGCGCCACACAUCAGAUGCCUUUUAUCCUCAAAAAUAAAGACAUUUUUAAGUGUGAAUCGAGAUAUAUUUAUAUGUAAAGAUAUUAACGUAAUGCACACACCUCUUAUUUUUUUCUAACAAAGUCCUAUUUGAAGCCGAUGCGCGAUAGCUGUAGUGAAAUAUGGCGUUUAAUAAUCGUAGUGGUCUGUGAUCAUUUUUCCAAAUUUGAUAACGCAGCGAGUUUACUUGUGUGAAAAGCAUAAUUGAUGAGUUUGCUGCAUUGACCUGCUUUGUGGAGACUGUUGGGUGGAGGGGUGGGUGGGUGGGUGGGUUGUUUUGUCAUGUAAGUGAUCCGAUGAGCCCUCAACCCUCCUCUGAGAAGACCUGUGAAGCCCUCCCUCUGCUGUUCCUUUAAUCAUCUCAAAAGCUCAUCAAACAAGUCAAAAAACUAAAUAAAAACAUUUGAUGGGGUUUAAGAAAUUUCUCAGUGCUUAUGCUGCAAACUGCAAAGAUUUGUUUUUUCUUUUUGCAUAUUCUUGAGAGGAGGAGGGUUGAAAGUUCAUCCACGGACCGAUUCGUCCGUUAACAGACUGUGCCUUUCCUGAUGGUGCUGAAAACAAAAGAAUAAAUCAAAGAAAUCUUAACUUUCAGAAAGGGCGCCGAGGCCCGAGUCUACAUUGAUAAGUAUAUAUUGAUACAUGACAAUACUGUAAGGUGUGAUUGUGUGUGUUUGUGUGUUUGUUUAUGUGCGAGCGUGUGUGUGGAUGCGUCCGACAUAUGCCAAGAACACAAUAUAUGCAGAACUGAUCAGUGUGGAGCUGACCGGACCAAAAGGCCUGUGGGGAUCGGUUUAGUGGACGGGCACUCGCAAGCACAGCCCAAAAACUAACAUUUCUAAAAGAAUUUUAAAAAUAUAAAAGGUGGGGAACAGGGGAACGCUUAUGACUCUGUAGGUAACAAGUAGCUCAGUGUAGACAUUAUGUAGCAUUAUUUAUUUAACUUUAUUUCCAUAGGGAUAUGACGCCUCCCUUUACUGCCUGCAAACAUGUUUUGUUCCUCCUUAUUACGCCUACAGGUUCAUUCUUGAAUGGACGGCAAUAAUGAAGUGAGUUUCUCUGCAAUCAGUUUAUCUGGCCUUUCCUCACUGUGUGCACGUCACGUUGCGGUUUCUCUUUUGUCUUCUAAUGUGAACUUUGGUCGUUUACAGACUUUGGGAUAGUUGUUCGGUUGAGUCGUUCCUCCACGAGUGCCCGGCUUCCCCACAAUAAUAAAUCUUUAAACCUCUGUGGUUGGCUGCAUAUCAUGCUCAAAAAGGAAAAAAAAAUUAGGUUUGGGUUUCACAGUAUAUUAAUGUGCUUGUUUGUUUGUUUGUUGUUGUUGUUUUUUUUUGCCUGAUUAUUAAAUGGUGUCACUUUUAGAAGUACAACUGUAUGUCAAGACCUUUGUCUUAACACUUAUCUGAUCCUGGUCCUAAGUUGAGCCUUUUUAUUUGGUUGUCAUAUUUAAUUUUUUGAAUAAAUACUCCAUGUAUGACA